AUGGCCUUUAAACUCCAAUUCUGCUGGCCUCUGUCUUUACAACGUAUUAAUUUCCUUGCAAAGCUCAAAACAAUGUCGCAAUCCACACCCGUGUAUGGUGAACGGAGAUGGAUCUUCGACCCCAUUCAAGAGAACUUAAGUCCUGAAGAAAUACGGAGAAUUCGAGGGCAACAACUCUUGGAAAAAAUGAUGCAAGGACCUACCCAUUCUGGCCGUGACUAUGACUUUUCUGAUACGGACUGGCAAUUCGCUCCGGCAAAGUUUACCCCACCAACAGAAGAAGAAAUGCGCACCAUACGUGGACUUUAUCCACCGAGGGUCCAGUCUGCAUAUGAUAGACUCUUCGAGACAGAAAACCCACAUUCACUUUCUGGAUCCUCAUUCAGAGGGAAUGAUCAACAUAGACCAGAGGCUAGGAAAGUUACUUCUACAAAGUCCGAUAUUGGCAACAAGGGUGAAUACAGCGCUGGAUUACAUGCCACAAAUCAAGACAAAGAAUUGAUAAUACCCCUUGGUAUGGAUCAAUCCAUAAUGAACACCGACACUAUGCCUUCGUAUAAUGAUUAUAUGAGAAACAAAGCAGCCCACGAUGCCGAAGCUAUGGAGAUAUUCGAUAGAUUCUUGAAGAAAUACCCAGACCCCGGCAUGCAGCCUCGCACAUAG